AGGGUUGCUGCUGGCUGCUGACUUGUGUUGUGGAGGAGACCGAAGCAGAAACAUGGCAAAAUCUGGCAGCGGGGAUGAAAACUCUCCCUCGCCCAGUAAACAGAACCGUUCGUUAAAGCAACAAAAUGCCGUGGACGAUUUAGUGCAGUCGGUUACUCUUCACACACCCCGUCCUUUGCUGCUUCACGGCUAUGUAUUCCCUUUUCUUGUUCUGUACCCUGCGUGGCUGUAUGGCUGGCUGUUUGUGUACGGUGUUUCUGAUCAUCUAGAGGCAGGAUUCACUGGCCUUGCAGCUCUUGGAGUUGUGCAAGUUUUGAUCUGUCUCUUCUGCCACUGGUCGGUGCAUGUGAGGUGUUUCCUGACGUGUGGAACGGUGAAAGAUUUCAGGAAGGCUGAAGUUGCCAAAGUAGUACCCACUGACAACAACGGGUCAUCAGAAUUGGUCCGAGUUCAUUUCUUUAAGGAUGAGGACAGAAAUGAUUGUCUAUGGUUCAUCUUCCAAAAAACAAAAUAUGUGUGGAGCAAUGAGAGGAAGUGCUUCCAAGGAUUGCUAUUCCCUGUCAACGAUAGUUAUGGUGCAUACAUGGAUUGGAAAGGUUAUCAAGAAGAGACUGACAUUCAAAAGGCAGAAAGCUUUUAUGGCAAGAACCAGCUUGAUAUGGUUGUACCAGAGUUCUCUGAGUUAUUCAAAGAACGUGCCACGGCUCCAUUCUUUGUAUUCCAAGUAUUUUGCGUAGCCUUGUGGUGUCUGGAUAAAUAUUGGUAUUACUCAAUAUUUACUCUCAUAAUGCUGGUUCUUUUCGAAUGUACUCUUGUGCAACAGCAAUUGAGAAACAUGGCGGAAAUCCGUAAGAUGGGAAACAAGCCUUACUCUAUUCAGGUCUUCAGGAAUCGUCGUUGGAGACAAAUUCUUACUGACCAACUGGUUCCUGGUGACAUUGUGUCCAUUGCUAGAUCUCAAAAUGAUAAUUUGGUCCCAUGUGAUAUGUUGCUCCUGAGAGGCCCCUGUAUUGUGGAUGAAAGCAUGCUGACUGGUGAAAGUGUGCCACAAAUGAAGGAACCCAUUGAAAAUGUCAUGGAUUUAAAUCAGCCUCUGGACAUGGAGGCAGAUGGUAAACUACAUGUGCUUUUUGGAGGAACUAAGGUUGUUCAGCACACUCCACCAAGCAAAACAUCUGCUGGUCUGAAAGCUCAAGAUAAUGGAUGUGUAGCAUAUGUUCUUCGUACUGGAUUUAAUACUUCUCAAGGAAAGCUCCUUCGCACAAUUUUGUUUGGCGUCAAACGUGUAACUGCAAACAAUAUGGAAACAUUUGGCUUCAUCAUGUUUUUAUUAGUUUUCGCACUGGCUGCAGCAGGCUAUGUGUGGGUUAAAGGCUCUGCUGAUCCUGAGCGCAAUCGGUACAAGCUAUUUUUGGAAUGUGCCUUGAUUUUAACAUCAGUUGUGCCUCCUGAAUUACCCAUUGAAUUAUCUUUAGCUGUGAAUGCUUCAAUACUCUCACUUUCAAAGCUAGCUGUAUUUUGUACAGAACCCUUCCGUAUACCCUUUGCUGGGAAAGUUGAAAUUUGCUGCUUUGAUAAAACUGGCACUUUAACAAGCGAUAAUUUGGUUGUAGAAGGGAUAGCAGGUCUUAAAGGGAGACCAGGAGUAAUUCCAAUAUCUGAUGCUCCACUGGAAACUGUGCAAGUUUUGGCAACCUGUCAUGCCUUAGCGCAUCUGGAUGAUGGUUUGGUAGGGGACCCACUUGAGAAAGCCACUCUUACUGCUGUUGAUUGGAACCUCACUAAAGCCGAUGCAGUUAUUCCUAAACGAGGAAAAUCGCCAGGAAUCAAAAUAUACCACCGCCAUCACUUUUCAUCGGCUCUGAAGCGCAUGUCAGUUGUUGCUGGAUACACACUGCCAGGCAGCACGGACACAACAUACAUUACUACUGUCAAAGGAGCACCUGAAACAAUUAAAGACAUGCUUGCAUAUGUGCCCAGUGACUACAACCAAGUGUAUCUAGAACUAUCAAGGCGUGGUGCUCGUGUCCUGGCUCUGGCAUGGAAAGAAAUUGGACGUCUUACCCAGAGUCAGGCUCGUGACUUAAAGAGAGAGGAACUAGAAAAAGAUUUGACCUUUGCUGGUUUUGUGAUUAUUUCCUGUCCUCUAAAGACUGACUCAAGAAAAGUAAUCACUGAAAUACAAAAUGCCUCUCAUAAGGUUGUGAUGAUAACAGGAGACAAUCCUUUAACCGCAUGCCAUGUAGCAAAAGAACUACGUUUCACAUCUAAAGGGACAACUCUGAUUUUUACUUUAUCAUCUUCUAAUAAAUGGGUUUGGGAAAGUAUUGAUCAGACUUUGCAAAUAUCCCUAGACAAGAGCAUUCAGGAUAAAACUUUCAGUAAUUCAUAUGAUCUAUGUGUAACUGGAGAGGGUUUAGCAUAUCUGUACGAAAAUUAUCAGAAAUUCUGGUACAACAUUCUUCCUCACAUUCAAGUUUUUGCAAGAGUUGCACCCAAGCAAAAGGAAAUGGUUAUUGUUGGCCUAAAAGCCCUAGGCUACACAACCCUCAUGUGUGGGGAUGGUACCAAUGAUGUUGGUGCUUUGAAACAUGCACAUAUUGGUGUUGCAAUCCUAACAAAUGCUCCUGAGAGACUUCCAAGUAAGAAAGAUAAAGAUAAGAGAAAGAGAGAGACAGAAGAGAGUGAUCUUUCUCAACGUCCUGUGGCCCGAGCUCCCCCACCGAGGUUGAGUCCCCGACAGUUGGCUGACCCCCGUCAGGCUGCACUUCACCGAGCUCAAGAGCAAAUUCAAAAGCUCAUGAAGGAAGUUGAAGACAUGGAUCAACCUCAAAUAGUAAAAUUAGGGGAUGCCAGCAUUGCUGCUCCCUUUACUAGCAAGCUCUCAUCUAUUCAAUGCAUUUGCCAUGUAAUUAAACAAGGACGGUGCACUCUUGUCACAACGUUACAGAUGUUUAAAAUUCUUGCUCUCAAUGCUCUUAUCCUGGCGUACAGCCAAUCAGUCUUGUAUGUAGAUGGAAUUAAGUUAAGUGAUAUGCAAGCAACAUUGCAAGGACUUUUGCUAGCCACCUGUUUCCUUUUUAUUUCUCGAUCCAAGCCUCUGAAAGUCCUGUCUAAAGAAAGGCCUCUUUCCAAUAUUUUUAACUUCUACACUAUAUUGACAGUGUUAGGCCAGUUUGCAGUUCACUUUGUGUGCUUGAUCUAUCUAGUACAUGAAGCUACUAUUCGCUCUCCCCCAAGGGAUGGUAAAAUUACCCUCAAUAUGGAUAUUGAGGAUGAAGAGCCGCAGGAGUUUGUUCCAGGCAUUCUCAAUAGUACAGUGUACAUCAUUUCCAUGGCAUUGCAAGUUGCCACUUUUGCCAUCAAUUAUAGAGGCCACCCAUUCAUGGAGAGCUUGAACGAAAACCGACCACUCAUGUUCAGUAUCAUGGGUUCCACUGCAUUUAUUUUUGCUCUUGCUUUGGGUGUGUUCCCUGAUGUAGCCACACUUUUCGAGAUUGUAGACUUCCCACUUGAAUUCCGCAUCAUCUUGGUCCAAGUUCUCUGUGCUGACUUUGCCUUGUCUUACAUUGUUGAUAGAUUCUGUUUGUGGUUAUUUGGAGAGGGGAGACUUAGCAUAAAGUAAGGUGUUUUUCGACCAAUUAAAUCUUUCACAAAGAAUCUUGUGACUUCUUCUCUGGGAUCACAACCUCACAAGGUUCUGAAAAGAGACUGUUUAAAACAAUUGCUCUUGUAUCUUAUUGUUAUUAUUGUCUGAAGGUGGAACUGGAUAAGAAUGUUGGUGGUUGAUCUUUUUUAAAAAAAAUGGAUAAUGGGUAUUUUCUAAUGGUGUUAAAAUUUAAACCCUCUUUGGAGGGGCACCUUUAUUGAUGGUGUUCUCUUUUACUGUUGAAUUGUAAAAUUUGAAGUUAGAUUCUUUUAUUGUUUAAUGUGAUGUAAUUUAGUAAUGUAUUAAUUACUCAUUCAGUUUACGAAGGUUCUCUGUGAUUCUGUUUAUGUCAAUGAUAGAUUUCCCUUUUGCCUUGGUCCACAAGUUUCAAUUUUGCAGAGAAUUUAUUUAUUGCUAUGUGCGAGGUAAUCACAUAUUCAUGUUGGUAUUCUAUUAUCACUAUUGUUGCUACUUGAAGCUUCUAUAUCAAGCAAAGUUUGAUCCUGUUUCCUCAACUUUCUGUCUAUUUCAAAGUUGGGCACUUUCUCAUACAUAGGAAUUACAAGUUGUUUGUAUUUAGAUGUAAGGAAAUGGACUGAGUGUUAUUUAAUAUUGCAAAAUUUUAAUCUCAUCUAACCUGCUUGUUCCAGAAGCCAGUCCUAUUUGUCUGAAGGACAGUUGUUGUUUUGUCUAAGUACAUGGAUUAUAUACUGAGCAUUGUUACACAUUUAUCAUCCAUGUUUCUGUUUGACAGUGGGAAUGUUUUCCUUAGGGACCAAUUUCAGAAUGCUGCAAUGAUGGAUGGAUGACCUGUUAAAUUAUUAGCCAAUGUCUAUUGCUGCCUGAUUUCAUACAGUCUCUAGAAUCAUAGUAAAUAGAUUUAAAGACAUGGUUUGGCUUGAAGUGGGCUGAAGUUACUGUAAAUGUUCCUUUAGUCCAAAAUUGACAUUCCAUGAAGCUCCAUAUUUAUUGUUUAAAGGAUUUGUUGAAAUGUAAAUCUCAAUCCACAAACGAGCAUAAAAUUUUCUUUAGGGAUCUAGAGCUCUGAAUAGAGGGAGAGCACGUGCACAGUAGAAAUUUUUUGUCUUUUUGUGUUUUGUUUGUUUUUUUUAAUUUUUUUUAAAGUUUGGUGUCUUGUUGGUCUAAGUUUUGAAUCAAAAUUUUUGUAAUGAUAAUUAUUACCCAGUAACAAAGAUAAAUUAUUACUUGGUAAAUAUUUGAUGGUCAAAGUCACAAGUCUGUGUUCAUUUGGUGUUGAACUGUAAGGUCAAAGUCAUUGUCUAAUCUUGUUAACAAUUGGUUGUAGAGAGAUGCUCCUAAUGUUGACCAAAGGAAUUUCUUAAAUCAUUUCAGUCAUCAAUUUACUUACUUUGAUGCCAAGGGAAGAUUUGUAAGAUAUUUUUGUUUUAUUUUGAUGAUGUAUUAUUCGAAGUAGGGUAAUUUAGUUGUGAACUCUUACUAGCAAGUUACAUUGCUUUUAAAUUCAGUUUGAUGCAAAGCAGAGAUUUUGCAAGCAAAUUUUUGUCGUUAGCAAUCCUGUCAGAAUCUUUCAAAAGUUACUGUAGGAUCGCUUUUGUUUAUUUUUAAACAUUUGUUUUUUUGUUGGUUCUUCUUUAAUGACAAAGUGGAGUAAGUGAACUGGUUGUGUGUACGCUGUCUUUUUCUUCUUAAUCUUCUGCCUGGCUUGCGCGUCUUGAGUGAGUGUGUUUAUGCGCUGUGAAUAAACAAACCAAACAAUUACCUCAUUUA